GCGGGCUCUUCGGGCCCCCAUUGGCUACAGGCCCCCACUCUACCAGGGCUCCCCCACCUUACCCCACCACAUCAGUCUGUCCUGCUUCCAGCUGCUGCAGCCGCGCCUUCGCUGCCUCAGCAUUCAGCAACCCCCUGCUCAGGCUCAGCAUGGCCACCCCAACCCAGAGCCCCACAAACGUUCCUGAAGAAACAGAUCCUUUUUUCUAUGACUAUGCCACCGUGCAGACUGUGGGGAUGACCCUGGCCACUAUCAUGUUCGUGCUGGGCAUCAUCAUCAUCAUCAGCAAGAAGGUUAAGUGCAGGAAGGCGGACUCCAGCCCAACAUGCAAAUCCUGUAAGUCGGAACUGCCCUCCUCAGCCCCUGGAGGUGGCGGUGUGUAGGAUCCUCUGCAGAUUUCCACUGCUGUCCCUGGCCAGAGCGCAGGAGCCUGAGGACCCAGAGAAGGCGGUGGGGACCCAGCCUGGCGCCAGGGAGUGCUCCCCCAAUGAGCCGCCACACCCAUACCAAGGCCGGAGCCAAUGCACCCUGCUCGCUCUCCCUCCCCAGGCCGUGGCAACGACGACGAUCCCCAAAGAGCCUAUUUGUACCCCAGACCCAGAGACUCAGGCCUCCAGCUCCUGGGAUUCAGGAGUCUGUCCCCAGUGCCCUGGGAUCCUCGUGUCCCUCCUUCCUGCAUCUCCUGGUCUCCUUCUCCAGGACCUUCCCCGCUGUCCCCUCAGGGUCCACAUCUUGAGCUUAAUAAAUGUGCAAUCGGUUUCUCCCGG